GACCUGCGCACUUCCAUGGAUGGCAAAUACAAGGAGAUCGCAGAGGAGCUGUUUUGCCGCUCGCUGGCUGAGAACGAGAUGCGGACGGCUCCGUAUGAAUUCCCAGAGGAGAGCCCCAUCGAGCAGUUGGAGGAGCGGCGGCAGCGCCUGGAGCGCCAGAUCAGCCAGGACGUCAAACUUGAGCCCGACAUUUUGCUCAGAGCCAAACAGGACUUCCUGAAAAUUGACAGUGCUGCGGACUUACAGCUCUUCAAGGAGCAGAAUGACAGCCUGGUGGAUCACGUCCCCAAGGAGCGGGAGGCACUGUUGGAGAGAGAAUUCCAGCGGGUGACCAUCUCUGGGGAGGAGAAAUGUGGGGUGCCUUUCACCGACCUGCUGGAUGCAGCCAAGAGCGUGGUGAAGGCACUGUUUGUGCGGGAGAAGUACAUGGGGCUGUCUCUGCAGAGCUUCUGCAAGACCACGGCCCGGUACCUGCAGGAGCUCUCCGAGAAGCCCCUGGAGACCCACGGCUACGAGGAGGUGCCCGAGACCCCCGUGGCUGCUGAUGCCCCUGUGCACCCUCCAUUUGCCGAGCAGCACCCCUAUGAGAUGUGGGACCCCCAGAACAUGCCGGCAGACCUGGGCUUUGGGCUGAAGAUGGUCGAUGGUGUUGUGCACGUCUACACCAAACAGGACAUCACUGACAAGAGCACGGAGCUGGACUUGCCAUACCCCGACCUUCAGGAGUUUAUCGCCGACAUGAAUUUCCUCAUGGCUUUGAUCAUCAAUGGGCCCAUCAAAUCCUUCUGCUACCGCCGGCUGCAGUACCUGAGCAACAAAUUCCAGAUGCAUGUGCUGCUCAACGAGAUGAAGGAGUUGGCAGCCCAGAAGAAGGUGCCUCACCGUGACUUCUACAACAUCCGCAAGGUGGACACCCAUAUCCAUGCCUCGUCCUGCAUGAACCAGAAACAUCUCCUGCGCUUCAUCAAGCGGGCAAUGAAGAAGCACCUGGAUGAAAUUGUCCACGUAGAGAAGGGGAAGGAGCAGACUCUCAAGGAGGUGUUUGAGACGAUGAACCUCACAGCCUACGACCUGAGCGUGGACACACUGGAUGUCCAUGCGGAUCGCAACACCUUCCACCGCUUCGACAAGUUCAACGCCAAGUACAACCCCAUCGGGGAGUCCAUCCUGCGGGAGAUCUUCAUCAAGACAGACAACCGCGUCUCGGGGAAGUACUUUGCCCACAUCAUCAAGGAGGUGAUGGCAGAUCUGGAGGAGAGCAAGUACCAGAAUGCAGAGCUGCGUCUCUCGAUCUACGGCCGCUCCCGGGAUGAGUGGGACAAGCUGGCCCGCUGGGCUGUCAGCCACCGUGUCCACUCCAACAACGUCCGCUGGCUCGUGCAAGUGCCCCGCCUCUUUGACAUCUACCGGACAAAGAAGCAGUUGGCCAACUUCCAGGAGAUGCUGGAGAAUAUCUUCCUACCGCUCUACGAGGCCACGAUCCACCCUGCCCAGCACCCAGAGCUGCACCUCUUCCUGGAGCAUGUGGAUGGCUUUGACAGUGUGGAUGAUGAAUCCAAACCAGAGCAUCACAUCUUCAACCUGGAUAGCCCUUUGCCAGGCAACUGGGUGGAGGAGGACAACCCACCCUAUUCCUACUACCUGUACUACAUGUAUGCCAACAUGACAGUGCUCAACCACCUCCGGCGGAAGAGAGGCUUCCACACCUUUGUCCUGCGCCCGCACUGUGGUGAGGCUGGUCCCAUCCACCACCUGGUGUCAGGGUUCAUGGUCUCAGAGAACAUCUCCCACGGGUUGUUGCUGCGCAAGGCCCCUGUGCUGCAGUACCUGUACUACCUGGCACAGAUUGGCAUUGCCAUGUCCCCGCUCAGCAACAACAGCCUCUUCCUGAGCUACCACCGCAACCCCCUGCCCGAGUACCUCUCACGGGGGCUCAUGGUCUCCCUCUCCACUGAUGAUCCCCUCCAGUUCCACUUCACCAAGGAGCCGCUGAUGGAGGAAUACAGCAUCGCCACCCAGGUGUGGAAGCUCAGCUCCUGUGACAUGUGUGAGCUGGCCCGGAACAGCGUCCUUAUGAGCGGCUUCUCCCACAAGGUGAAGAGCUACUGGCUGGGUCCCAACUACCUGAAGGAGGGUCCGGAGGGGAACGACAUCCGCCGGACCAACGUUCCCGACAUCCGUGUGAGCUAUCGCUUCGAGACGCUGUGCCAGGAGCUGACGCUCAUCACGCAGGCGGUGCAGAGCGCCGAGCUGGAGCCCAUCCAGGAGGAGGACGUGCUCACUAUCUCCCUCGGCACCCACUGACCACCCAGAU